GAGGCAGGUAGAGAGUUCUGGAGCUGCCAUGACGACGUCGCAAGUGCAUAGCCUGUUGCCCGAAGGCAGAUGCUAGAACUGUCACCGGGUCUUUCGGAUAGGAGACAUUGUCACGAGUGACUUUAGAGAAAUGUCGUUCAUCUAGUUCGUCCGGGCUAAGGAUAUUUAUUAUCUCGUUGUGUUGUGUGACGAUGGACAUUAUUUAUUAAUUCUUAUUCUUAAAACAUUUAUGAAGAAGUUUCUCGAGCAACUGCUCAAGAUGGCUCAAAAUAUCACAGCUCUCGCUUUAUGGAUUCUGCCGCCAUCCAACAGUCAGAUAAUGAAAAUAGAUGGAGAAGAACCAAAUGGAUGGAAUGGCGUUUUUAAACUUGUCUUCCUUUCGGCUGUGGCAACCGGUGGUACCAUGGGUAGUGUCUUCGUCAUCAGUGCAGUAACGGUCAUAGAGCCAUUUCAAGUGCGCGGCAGCAUUUAUCUUGUGAGUUUAGCCAUGGGCAAUAUGCUGGUAACCAUUUUGGUGCUACCGGCAUCCUGUGUCGCCAUUUUGGCCAAUAUCCCUCAGGAUCCAAGUAUUUGCACUUUUCAGUGGCUUACUACGGUGGUGUGUUUUCUCGUAUCCGUCCAAUCCUUUAUGUUUAUGGCUUUAGACAACUGUUUAGGAUUAAAUAGUUUAGUUACAUAUGAUUUAUGUUGCACAAAGUGGAGAAUUCUUUUUGGCGUGUCCGUUGUUUGGUGUUGUUCCGUGAGCUUUGCAGUCAUUCAAUACGUCAUGGGAUACGGACCAUCUUUCUGCGAUUCAAAUUUCAACGUAUGGCCACCGUAUCACAUCACUGCCGGAAUAUUAUUGGUGAUAUGCCCACUUUUGCUGACCAUCAUUUAUUUCACACGAGCCAUCUUCAAAUUGCGAGAUUUUAAAUUACAACUAGAGGUUUUAGAGGAUCCUACUGCAUACGUUUUAACAGACGAAUGUUUGUUGAAGAGUAAUAUAGUGGUGUUUAUAGUGAUGUUAAUGAUGUGGAUGCCAUAUGCCGUAGUUAUAGUGAUCAGUGCUCUGCGUCCAGUUACCAUAAAUUUAAUGGACACAUCUUGGUGGGUAGCCAUAACCAAUUCUUGUCUUUAUAGUUAUGUGUACGCUGCGACCAACAGAGAUUUUCGCGAAGCAUUUAAUAAAUUGUUUUAUUAUUGCUGUUGUAAAAGUCACGUGACGUUCACACGCCGUUCGCGCGACCCCAGGCGAGCGGGUAAUGGAAUUGGAUUGAGAGUUCAUAUUAUUCCGGGUCUCAAUAUUUACGCUCAGAGAAAAGAAACGGCGAAAGAACUACGCGUACAUCCGCCCUGUAAAGGCACUUGCGACCUUUGACACCUUUCCUCAAACUUUUAUCAACAUUCGAUUGUUAAUUACUGUCGAUACGGACUAACGAUUUAAAAAAAUAAAAGGCAGUUGUAUCAAAAAGUGUCCUUCGUAAAAGUAUUUGGAAGAUAACUGCCGGAGUAUUUAUUUGUUAAAAAACAAUCUGAGGCGAAAAUAUGUAUUUUGUGUAUUUGUGUAGUAUACAUAUAUAUAAAAAUUGUAAUUUUAUGAUGAUUUGUGAGAAAAAUAUUAACUGUCUUUAGCCAAAAAUACAAUAUAAAUAAUGCUUUACAUAUCGUUGCCAGUCAAAUAAAUAAACAUUUACUAUUUGUUAAAUGUGCCUCUAAGCAAAAUACAAUUUCUCAUUGUCAUAACGUAAAAGUCAUUUCCACAAUAAAUCCUAGACCCAGUUAUUAUCUU